UCUCUCUCUCUGUUCCUCUCUCUCUUGAUUUGCUGCAACCACAUUUCCUGCUUUAGAUCAACAUCCCUUCUUUAGAACCAUCUCUCUCUUAUUCUCAACGAGGCUCUAAAGAUCAGCUCUAGAAGGAAAUGGCUUCCAAACACAAGAUGGGCUACAAGUGUCGGAUAGCAGGAGUGAUGCUUCUCCUCUUGACCAGCAUCGCUGCCCUCAUUGCUGUUGCUGUUAUCCAGGACACUUGGAGGUUUUUAGAAUACAGCAAAGAGUACGGCAUAGUGAUAGACGCUGGCUCAUCUCGUUCCAAUGUGUACCUGUAUGAAUGGCCAGGAGCGAAGGAGAACGAAACAGGAAUAGUGACCGAGACAUUAAACUGUAAAGUUGAUGGUAAUGCCAUCUCCGACAUGAAGGUUAACCCUGAGCUCGAUGAUAAGACAAUGGCAGGAUUUAGGAAAUGCAUGGACAUCGUCACUAAAACCAUUCCUCCAACAAAACACAACAGUACACGCCUGUUUCUCGGAGCUACAGCUGGGAUGAGACUACUGCAAAUGAAAGAUGAACAGAGAGCCAAUAAUGUCCUGGCAAAACUCAGACAAUACCUGAGUUCCCUCCCCUUCAUGUUUCAAAAUGCUUCAGUCAUCACUGGGCAGGAAGAAGGGCUUUAUGGCUGGAUCACUGUCAACUACCUAAUGGGAAACUUGGUAGAGAAAAACAUGUGGAACGCAUACGUACGGCCGCAGGGAGCAAAGACUGUGGGCUCCAUGGAUCUUGGAGGAGCAUCAACACAGAUUGCCUUUGCGGUCCAGGAUGAUCUCAAGGGACCCGACUACCUGCGUGUCAAACUGUAUGGUUACCCUUACAAUGUCUACACACACAGUUUCCUCUGCUAUGGCAAAAAUGAAGCUGGGAAGUUGGUUCUGGAGAAAGUAGUCCAGCAAUCAUCUAACCCCAAAAACAUAACAAACCCCUGCUAUCCUAAAGGUUUCAAUACUACCAAAAAGGCUUCAUCAAUUUUUGAGUCACAGUGUACAAAGAAACCGCAAAACUAUGACCCCAAUCAAGAGUUGACCUUCUUUGGUGGUGGCGACUCAGACAGCUGUGGGAAAGUAGUGAAAUCCAUAUUUGAUUUCAAGACCUGCUCCUCGUCUCAGUGUUCCUUCAACGGGGUGGAGCAGCCACCAGUCACCGGAGAUUUCCUGGCAUACGCUGGAUUCUUCUGGACUGCCAUGGCUCUGCAGUUGAAUGGCACAUCACACAUUAAUCACUUCAACAACUCAGUUAGGAACUUCUGCCACAAAAACUGGGCAACGCUGAACGCACAAAAGAACGUCAAAUUCAUCGAGACCCACUGUUACGCAGGUCAUUACGUCUUUACUUUGCUGGCAGAUGGAUACAAAUUCGACACUAACACCUGGAAAAACAUUAACUUUCAACAACAGGUAAAGAAAACUAAUAUAGGCUGGAGUUUGGGCUACAUGCUGAGUAUGUCCAACAUGAUUCCUUCCGAAGUGAAGAAAAUCCCUCCUAUGUCAAACCCCGUCUUUGCCGGCCUCAUCUUUCUAUUUUCGGCGCUAACAAUUAUGACUGUUGUCUUAGUUUUCAUCAUUUUCAUUCGCACCUGCUACUGAGAGCGUAGGUUACAGAGGGAAUCGCCGGCUAUUGAAAGGCCUGGGAACUGCUGUAAUUCUACAAGAGGUUCGGAGAAUCCUACAGUUGCAUGUGCCAAGAUGCCUGGACUGGACGUUAACAAUCAAAUGUGUUAUUAUUCAGGUUGAGACAAACUAGCUUUUAGUUUAAAAAACAAACAAACUGAAGAGCCUCAAAAUCAAUGCAGUACGUUGUGCUGGCAUCUUUGAGUGUUUUAGCUUCAGAUAAAAUAUGUAAAAGCAGCUUUAAAAAGCAUUAGACCACUCUUCAUUCUCUACCUCAGGGAAUCUUACAAAAAUUAAUGUACUUUUUUUAAUUUAGUUGACUGUGCUCAACAAAAUAGUGAUAGUGUUUGUCUAAAUGGCACAAAAAUAUAAUAGCAUCCAUCAGUCUCCAUGUGCUUGUUCUUGUUGUGCAAUUCCCAAAAUGAGUCGAACGCCCGCUUUAGACCAGAGCACGAGUUACUGUUUCUUUCCCUGCAUUUUACAUGUUAUAGCACUGAAAAUGGUAGCAAAUUGUUGUACUGUAGCUUUAAUGUAUUGUUUUAUAUUGUGUAUGGUCUUGCCAAACUUUAAGCGCACAACGAUAGCUUUUUUGAAUUAAC